AGUAACUGGACGUGUUUUCUACAGAAGAAUAUGGUCGUGACAGAUCAGAAAGUAAACCCAGCCGAUGUUGUGCUAGUCGUAGAAGCGACAGCGAAUCUCAGUGCUUACAUUGAUGUGCUAAAGAAGCAGUAUAUUGUUCCAUCGCUAGAAGUUUUUAAUGGUGGACCUCCUGAUCCAACAGAUAUUGGACAUGAUUACAGCUGUUCAUUGUACAAUCUAGUGACCUUCUACUCAGCUGAUGUCAUUCCAGACACAACAUCAAGAUGUUCUGGUGUCACUACAAAUAUUCACGAGUUCAUAACUUGGUUGGAUGAUCUUCCAUUUAUUGGUGGAGGUGGAGAGUCUUGUAGUCACAUCACUGAAGGAUUGAGUACAGCUCUCCAUGUUUUUGAUGAUCUCCAGAAAGUGCGCAUUGAUAUUGGGUUACCUGUGCAGCGACACUGCAUCCUUGUCUGUAAUUCCCCUCCCUAUAAUCUACCCAGUCAGGAAGGGGUCCGUUAUGUGGGAUAUAUGGCAGAUCAGUUAGCCAGCAUGAUGGCCAAGAGGGGCAUCCAUUUGUCCAUCAUAUCCCCAAGAAAAAUCCCUGCUCUUCAGAAACUGUAUGAGGAGUCUAGUUCUCCUGCUGAUAUGUCAGCUCCAGUGAAAGACUUUACCACAGAUCCACGGCAUCAUGUUUUACUCCAUGGAUUUCAACUGGAAGAACGAGCGCACAGUCCAGCAGGAGACCACACAGCUGUCAUAGACAAACUUGUAGACAAAAACCCCACCAGUCCUGCCCCUCCCAGUAUUUCUGCCAGCACUGGAUUUUCCCCUGCACCAUCUCUCACAGAUCAGAUGUCUGUAGACUCCGGAUUCAGGAAACCAAACACAACAUCUACUGGAAAUGCACUUAGUAACCAGGACCAAGGCAACCCCAUACAGUCCAUGCCAUCUCCCCAGCAGCCCCUUAAUCAGCCAUCCCCCUCUCCUCAGAUUCCCCUACAACACAGUCCAAUGCCCCAGCAACCCCAGCAACAACCUCAGCCGCAACAAAUCGUACCACAGCAAAUGUCAAAUCCAAUGCCGCCACAGUCACAGUAUGACCCACUAAAAAUGAAUCCCAUGCAAUCCAUGGAUACUAGUAUACAGAAUAGAAGCACAGCCAUGGUUACCAAUCCCACAAGUCAACCAAUGUUCUCGCAACCCACCCCAGACCAGCAACCAAAUGCCGGAAUGCCGGCCCAGCCAGGACAACCCAAUCCUAUGAAAGACAGAAAAAUCAUAUGGCAGGGGAUGUUAGAGUGGCAGGAGAAGAUGAAAGCUGGAGGACCUCAGACCCCGAAAGUCAACAGACAGCUGCAGUGUCACUUGUCUAUAGGGCAGGCUGAUCCAGACAUUAAUGCCAUGAAUUGGCCUAAAGUUCUGAUUAUGCAGUUGAUUCCUCAAUCACUACUGAACUCAACCCAACUUCAGCCUCUCUUUAAAAACUCCCGCCAGGUGGCAUUCCACUUUGGCAGUCAGAAUCUGGAUGAUCUUAGAAAUCUCUACAAAGUCAUGGGUACUGGUUUUGCUGGUUGUGUACAUUUUCCAGCAGGAAGUCAGUGUGAAGUCAGAGUGCUUCUCUUGCUAUUUAGCAAUAAAAGAAAAGCUUUUAUAGGACUCAUUCCAAAUGACCAAACAGCCUUUGUCAAUGGGAUAAGAAAUGUCAUCUUCACACACAAAAUGAGGCAACAACAACAACAGAGACAAGACCAACCACAACAAAUGCAACAGCAACAACCAUUUCCAGGGCAGCAGCAGCCAGGCAUGCCAGCCCAACCAAUGCAGAAUCCUCAGGGGGCUCAGUUUGGGGUACAGCAGAUGCCACAGGUGAGCAUGCAGAACCCCAUGAUGACCCAGCAGCAGGCCAAUAUGCAGAAGCAAAUGCAGGCAACACAGUUAGCAAAGCAACAAGAGCAACAAAAGUUACUAGCACAACAGAGACUACAAAUACAACAACAACAGAGACAACUUCAGAUGCAGCAACAAAUGCAACAGCAGCAACAACAGCAACCUGGUCUCAAUCAACAGCAACAACAAUUGACACAGCUCCUGAUGCAGCAGCAACAACAAGGACAGAGACAACCCCAGAUGAUUAUUCCUCAUGGGGGGAGGGGGCCAGUCCUACACCAAGGCCAGCAGCAAGUAAUGGGAGGUGGACAGGUGCUCCAGGGAAACAUGCCCCAGAUGGCUCAGCAGGGCCCCGCCACAGGACCCCAGGGGGGUAACAUGUUUGAUGAUCUGGAUAUGACCUUCUUGAGCUAACACUUAAGACUUUAUGAUCUUUGGAUAUAAAUGUUUUUGGUUACCUGAACAUGUGUGUUAGCUUCAAGGGGAUUGUUUGCCCUGGAAUCAGUGAUCUGGUUCUAGUUAAAGCUUCCAUGCUUAUAUACAUGUAAAAUGUGAUUUAGGUAUACAGGCAUACCUGUACAAUUUGCUAGAUCAGUGAAGUUUGAGUCUUUUUAUUCUGUAAAUGAAAAUUGUUGUAAAAAAUUAUUAUACAAAAUAAAGUGCAAUACAUCUUUCAA